AUGAACACCAACGACUUCGCAGAGACCGAGUCCGUCAUGGGCUCGGACGAGAUGUGGUCAACACCUGCAUCUCAGUCCAAACCUCGUCCUAUGCCAAUUUACCAAGGAUUUUCUUUCUGCGGCACCGAGGAUUUCGCUUCAGUCCCAUCUUGGGAUACAUCUUCUGUUUCCUUUCAACAAACUCCUAGUGAGACCAUGUCACGUCCGGUGUCUAUGCACCAAGACUUUUAUCCUCCAACGAUGGACAACUCCUCAUGGAUGGACAAGACAACCGAGGACCACUUUGAUCUUCAAGGCAUGGACUACGAUAUGACUAUGGGAAUGGGCAACUCUUUCGCUACUGAUGAAGCCAUUCCGGUUCUUGACCUCAAGCAAGGUGCACUGAUUGACGAAGAUCUGAUGGCUAUCGACGAUGGUUCAAAACAGCGCCGUAUGUCCGGCUCUUCGUUUUCCAUGUCGACCUCUGGGGCAUUCUCCGAUAUGCCUUACGAUGACUUCUCGACGGCGCUCUCUGAGGCGCCCUCUUUCAGCUCCGACUACCCGCCUACAUCUAACCGCACUUCUAUGAUGUCUUCAACUCAACUCUCGCCUGUUGCCUCACCACGAAUGACUCCCCAGUCAAGAACCGACCUCGUGAGGACUCAGAGCCGUGGCCGGGGCGCCUCUCCUUCUCCACGACCCGGAAAUGUGCGAUCUGCUCCCUACAGCGUGGAGGGCCCGAGAAUCAAGCGAUGGUCUACAGGUACUUACGGAACCUCUGCGAGCCGCAAGCCUGCUCAAUACGCCUACCACCCUUGCCAGGAUAUGUACAACGCUCAUCAGCACAUGUUCUCCGGUCAUUCUUCUCCCGCCAUAGGCGCCGCUCCUAUGCCUCUCAAUUAUGGCAAUCUCCAGGCCAUUCAGCAAGCGCCAUUCGUCGUUCCUAGCACUCCCGUUUUUCAGAGGAACAGCAUGCUUCUUCCCACUCAGCUUCCAUCUCAUAUGGCGCAGCAGCAACAGCAACAGCAAUGGCAACCUGAUGUGAGCCAUUUCGCUCCCCCGCAGCCUCUUCUAUCUCAUGGCCUUUUCCGAAUGCUCCAGAGCAACGGUGACCCUACUUGCUUGAACAGUCACUACACUGAUCUUUCCGACCCUCCGGAUCUGUACGCUGCCCUCCAGGAGGAGCAGAUUCCUCCUCCUCCCGAGGACAUGAACCCUGAGGACCCCGAAAUGAUUCCCCGCGAGCAGGAACUGCGAUUUGAAGGCGAUCUCUACACCCCUAGAUGGGUACGAGGCCAUGGCAACAAGCGAGAGGGCUGGUGUGGAAUCUGCAAGCCCGGAAGGUGGCUUGUGCUGAAGAACUCGGCCUUUUGGUACGACAAGUCUUUCUCUCACGGUAUUAGCGCCGCAACAGGAAGUUCGUUCCAGGAGCCCCAGCAGAAGCGACGCAUGGACGGAAACCCUGAUGUGUGGGAAGGUCUUUGCGGUAGCUGCAACGAGUGGAUCGCACUCGUCAGCAGCAAGAAGAAGGGAACAACCUGGUUCAGACACGCGUAUAAGUGCCACACACACCUCAAAGUGAAAGAUACGCCUAAACGUCGCCGCGAAAGCAGCAACGCCAGGGCGCUUGCCAUGUCGACCAUGGCUAAGCCCAAGAUUGAAACUCAACGACCCAUGACGCCCCAGAUGCCAAUCUCCUCGAUGGAGACUGCCACUACGCCCAGACCUUCUACUAUGUCCCAGAUUACGUCUCAUCCUCAUCACCACCCUCACGUCACCAACGUUCUUACUCCUCAGGAGCCCUACACCAUUGACCCGAUGUCUGGAAACGUCCUCGUCACGACAGAGCCCUUCCCGAACAUGAUUUAA